AUGUCCUCUGCCCUGGAGACCAGCUAUUCUGACCUGGACAACAGCAGUGACGUGUCCUUUUGCCUCACGGAUGACGAGGGGAGCCUUGGUGGCCUGCAGAUCCCUUCCCUGGCCUCCCCCAAACCUGCCACCUCCCCAGAGCACAGCCCUGGGGGAAAGUGCACGGAAGAAAAAGAGCGCAAGAGGCGAAGGGGCCGCACCAAGGUCAGGAACGAGGCAGUCCUUCACACCAUCAAGAAGACGAGGCGGGUCAAGGCCAACGAUCGGGAGAGGAACCGCAUGCACAACCUCAAUGCGGCCCUGGACGAGUUGCGGAGCGUCCUGCCCACUUUUCCGGACGACACGAAGCUGACCAAGAUUGAGACCCUGCGCUUUGCCCAUAACUACAUAUGGGCCCUCUCCGAAACACUCCGGCUGGCCGAUCAGUGCCUCCAGAAACCUCCCAGAGAAAUGGUGGUGGUGCCCAGCUACUUGAGCUCCACAGACCCGCCCAGCCCAGGCAGUGACGCAGGCUCCUGGAUCUCCAGUGCUUCUCCAGCCACCUCGUCCCACUCUUCUGCCUGCAUGUCCAACCCCAGCAGCCCAGCCACUUCAGAAGACUAUUGCUAUGGGCGCACAGAAAGCCUUUUCUCCUUCCACAGCCUCCCCAAAGACUUGUUGCAGAAUGCUUCCUGCUUCGUGCAGUACCACUAG